AUGUCACUUGCCUGUGGAGAUGGAGCACAAGGCAUACUAGGCCUUGAUGUUUUGAAUUUUGAGCCCUCCUUAUCUACUGAGAAGAGAAGGAUGCAAUUGUUGAAGCUUGAAGAGAUGAGAUUGACUGCAUAUGAGAACUCCAAAAGCUACAAGAAGAGAGUCAAAAUGUAUCAUGAUAAAAAGCUGUUUAAGAAAGAAUUUCAACCUGGCCAACAAGUGUUGUUGUUCAAUUCCAGGCUCAAAUUAUUUCUGGACAAGAUCAGGUCUAAAUGGUCUGAACCCUUCACCAUUAAGGAAGUCAAACCCUAUGGAGCAAUAAAGUUGAUGGAUCCCUCUUUAGAUGAUCCAAUAAGGAGUUGGGUUGUGAAUGGUCUAUGGCUUAAGCACUGUCUAGGGGGUGAGGUUGAACGCCUCACCAUUAUCAUUCAUCUAGAUGACCCCGUGAGCUUACAAGCGUUGAGUUAA